UCUUUCCUGCCAACGAUGCAGUACCUAUUAUGCCUCAUCUUCCUUUUCUGCUAUUGGUGUUGUUCCCAAUACAGAUCAACUGCACCUCUGCAUCUGCUGCCGCCACCACUGUUGGUCACUUGCUCAAACCCCAAACACAGUGUUUACCAACGACAAGACAAUGAAUUUCAAGUCUCGUGUCUGUGGGAUAGGCAUAUUGAGAUAAACUACUCAAGACUGCCAGAAGCAAAUUCUGAGGAGGAAGAGAGAGAUGUGCAACCCCCGCCAGACUGUAGCUGGUUCCGAGAUUCCAUCUUGGUAAACAACACAAAAAGCUGGUCAGGUCAGCUGGUGCUAGGUCUAGGCCUGCCAAGGGAAGGCCCACAUCCACCAUGGGUCUAUAGCCACAUCACAGUACAAUGCAUAUCAGCAUUCUGUGCUGCACCCUUGUGCCUUCACCAUAACCUGAGCAUUGUGCUUUCUGGGCAAGAUGUCCGUUUCUUCCUCCUUUGGCCACGCACACUUCCCAUUUUUGAAUGGCAGCCAGUGCAGCUGGGUUGGUGUGCACGUCUGAAGAGUUCCACAUGGAACUACCACUUCAAGAGUCAAGGAGGAAUUCCUGCAGACCUCCUCAUCCCUAGCAACCAGCACAGUGAGCUACCCCCAUUAUCUGGCUACCAUAAUGUAGAACUGUACCAGGUAUGUUCAUCCUAUUAUAGCUACCACUUGACCGUAUACUUUCCCCAACGUGGAUUUUACACUGCUUCACUCACUGUUGAGCAUGGACCUCCGGUCAGUCUUAGCAUGGACUUAUUUGUGGAGGCUGCCUUGCUACAUGUCUUUAGUGGACAUUCCAAACUGCUGAGCCAUCCCCAUGUGGCCCUCAGCCUUUCCUGGAGUCUUCUACAACUCAGCCAAGGAAUAAUAGCUUAUGAAUUAUUGGAUGAGCAGGGUGUGGGAGAGUGGUCUCACUCCUACAGUUACAACCCUUUUGCUCUGCAGAGUGAUUUCUGUGCUGUUCCCACAUCACGUUCCUCCAAAGCAAAGGUAAUAACCAGCAUCUAUUUCUGUACCAAUAAGAGAAUGUCUGGAGAGCUGACAGGAAAACUGGCUUUCUCCAAUUCUACACUGAGUUUCACAACAAACAGUGCAAUCCCAACUCACCUCAAACUCAACCCACAGAAGACCAAAGGAGGCACGUACGUUUUUAGCCCGACCCUGGGACUCUACUAUUCCAUUCACGAAGGCAGUGCUGUCAAUGCCACUGAAGAGAGCUCCAGCUCCCACUAUGUUUUUUACCAGCAGCAGAGCCUCUCUUACCUGAUUGUGGUUCAAUUUGUGCAGCUGCAGUGGUACAGAUUCAGUGUGCACGUGUAUCUGAACCGGAGGGGGAUUCUGUUCAGGACUCUAGGAGACAAAGGGUUAGAAGUUCACCAUUUCAAUGGGCAUUCCCCUGAUGAAAGUUGGGUCUAUAUUGUGUGGUUUAUUCCUGUGCAACACCCACUGCUGCAAUGUGAGUGGUCCUUCAGCUUGGAGCUUUUUGAUUCAAAGAAAGAAUACCUCCUUUGGAACAAUACUUACACUUACAAGGAUCAUGUCAGAAAUGCUGCCCAUUUUAUUCCCGACUCUGUCUUGCCUUUUAACCCUGCUCUUUACACUGGCUUUGUAGCAAAAGUGAAAUGUGCAAGCAAUGGACUUCUGUCUAUUAUUUUAAAAACCACAAUCAACAUUUAUGCUUCGAAGGUAAUAAAGUCCAGAGUGACCUGUCGGGGAAAACCGUGUUCUAUUACAGAAGUUAGCAUCCAGAGACCUGACCAUUCUAAACACAUCUUGCAUUUUGCCCAUGGAGCAGAAUUUUCUCUGGCUGCUGAUUCAUGGAUAAAUUGCCCAGGCCCAAAGCAAACAGAUGUCAUCUGGAACAUCUAUAAAGUCCCAGAUAUGAUGACGAGUCCGGAUUGGUCAAAGCCUUUAAACAUAUCUGGCAUUAGAAGGAGAAAUUCCACCAUACUAGAAGUUCCUAGUUCCAGCUUAGAAUAUGGCUUAUAUCUCUUUAAUUUUACAGUAAAACUCACCUCAAUGAAUACAUGGGACAGUGUCGAAGUGUCUGAUUCUGCAUUUGUUGAGAUUGGAUCAGAUACACUGUUGGCUGUAAUUGCUGGAGGCAAUUUCCGGAAAGUUGGAUUUUCUGACCAAUGGACGCUUGAUGGAACUGGUUCCUCUAAAGCUGGGGCAGUACAGCCCUCUAAAGAAUUUAGAUUUACUUGGUACUGCACUAAGCAAAAAACAGACUAUGUACUCAUGACUCUAAGUAAAGAGGGGAAGUGUUAUCCAAACCAGGUUGAUCUGAAAUGGACAACAUCCUCUGAUCCAGUUCAAGCAGUGCAACCUGAAACACUUCAGGAAAAUGCUGUAUAUUAUUUUCGCUUGGUGGUUCAAAAGGAUAGCCAGACAGCUCAGGCUGAACAAACAGUAGAAGUGCAGCCUGGUUCAGUGCCCGUGCUGAAUGUCACAUGCAUUGAAAAUUGUGGCAGGUCAGUCAUUCCAAAUGAAAGGUUUUGUCUUUUUGGCAAAUGCUUGAACUGCAGAACUAGCAAACCCCUCUAUUCCUGGUCACUACUCUCAACACAUUCCACUGAAAUAGGUUUUGACUGGUCUUCCAAAUCUACAACUGGCAGGUCCAAUCCAUACUUACGUAUAAAUGCUUUUGCUUUUGUAUCCAUGUCAGAGCAGUCAUAUGUUCUUAGUCUGGCAGUUGUCACAAAGGAAGGAAAGUCCGCUGUCUACAAGUAUUCUUUUCAUGUUCAUGAUCCACCUCGAAUAGGACAAUGUGUGCUUAAUCCCAGGAUAGGUAUGGCUUUCCUAACAAAAUUCAUUAUUCAGUGCAGUGGAUUUGAAGGCAAAAAUGGACCUCUUACAUAUAAAGUAAUAGCGGCAUCAGAUCAAAUGAAAAUUAGUACCAUAUCUUCGAUAGAGAAUAGUACUUUGGGCAUAAUAGUGUAUGUUGGUCAUGAGCAUAAAACUCCUCAGUCUUUUCUCCCAGUUGGUUUACCAUCCCAUAAUUCUGCCUUGAUAAUAUAUGUUCAAGUGUAUGAUGCCCUUGGAGCAUGUUCUCAAGUAACUUUAAAGGCAACUGUGCAUGAUCAAAGAAAAAGUAAACCAACUGAUGUUGUUCACCAGGAACUACAAGGUUUAAUUAGUGGGUCAAGUGCCCCAAUGACAACUUUACUGGUAAGUAAGGACUACUUUGACACAGGUUAUUUUGUAUAUAUGCUGGCCUCUCUAUUAAAUAACAUUGAGACUUCACCAACCAAGCAAGGCUCAAAAACUGAUUUGCGGCAAAUCCUUCUUAAUACGACUGCAAGGAUACCUACAACUGAUGUCCAAAAAAUAAACCAAAUAAUAUUGAGCAUUUGUCAGGUAACUCAUGAAAUCACUGAAGUAAACAAGGAAUCACAACUGCUUGCAGUCAGAAAACUCAAAGAAGUGAGUGAAGCCCUCAAAAGGCAUCAGAAUACAGACUUGGGUUCUAAGGAAAUAGAAAUCCUUGGCAAUGGUAUACUUACUGGGCUGUCCAAUGUCUUGAGAGCUUCUCUGUUGAGCCAUGGGAAUGUCAACGUAAAUGCCAUUAAAGAAACCAUCUCUGUAACAGAGACAUUAGCAGACCUAAUCUUACAAGGUAAAGUCCCCGGGGAACAUGAAACAAAUAUGAAAGCUGAAGAGUGGACCAUUUACUUAUGGAAAGAUGAGAAUUCGGAGGUUUCUGGAUCGUUCUCUAACAGAAAACCUUGCAAGAACUGCUUUUAUCCCAAAUUGAAGCAGGGCCAUCAUGCUGAAUUACCGGUAGAUGCUGUGGUUUGCACGGUUCUUUAUGAAUUUGACAAAAAUCCCUUUCCUUGGUUGCUUUAUACAGCAGAUAUUGGCACAACCGUGACUGGAUUCAAAAUGACAGGAACCAAAUCUAAUGGUGACAUAAUUCAGAUCGUGCCUGAUGUAGUUGAAAUGAUCAUGGCUAGAAAAGAUGAGGACUCUGCCACCUUUGACUUGACCUUAGGACCAGACAUAAAACUCCCUAAAACAACUGGAGGCUUUAGUGUUGAAGUAAAAAGAAGCUCCAAAGACAUUUUUAUCCAGAUUGUGCCUAAAAUAAAUGUUACUUUCCAGGUAUUUAUAUACUUGGGUCUCAAUAUCAGUCAUCCUCCUGUAGCUGUAUAUACUGCUUCCCAUUACAGCCCUCCAACACCAAGUGAAAAGGAUUUUAAUGUCACUGACUGUGCCAUUAAGGCUCCUUAUAUUCUUUGUCUUCCUCAGUCAUUGCUUUGGUCUCAAGUAAACAGCAGUAGAGCAGAUAAAUUGAACAUUUCAGUUGUCUUGCAAUCACACCCAAUUGUGAGAGACCAAACCAUUAAGAUUGUCCGCAUUGCUGUUUUUACAGCAGACUGCCUAGUUCUAGAUGGAGUUCAGAAUCAGUGGGAAGAAGAGACAUGCAGUCUUGGCCCUCAGACCAGCUGGUCUAAGAUACAUUGCAUCUGUAAAGCAAAAGAGCGUAGCAAGAGAACAGCCAGUUCAACAGGGACCUCCAAACCUAGCAUCAGAUUUAUGGCCAGCAAAGUGCUUGUGUUCCCUAAUUCUGUGGAUAUGAAAAAGUUCCUUUUAGAACAGGCUGGCAAAAAUCCCGUAACAGGACUGACAGUGCUUGCCAUAUUUAUAAUCUACAUGUUCUUAGCCAUCUGGGCCAUAAUACAAGAUAACUUUGGUAUCAGGGACCAGAUCAUAGUCCUGCCAGAUAAUGAUCCCUUUCACAAGAUGAAGUACUUGGUCAGCAUAUACACAGGAACCCGCUUUAGAGCAGGCACCACAGCUGAUGUCUACAUUGAGCUGAUUGGCCAAAAUGGGGUCAGCGAUGUACAUCAGCUAAAGCAUCCACAUUUCCCCGGAAUCCUCCAGCGAGGAUCUGUUGACACUUUUAUCCUAACUACUGAGGAAGAUCUAGGAGACAUUUUGUCUCUACACAUCUGGCACAAUAAUUUUAAUUUUUCUUCCAGCUGGUACUUAAGCCGAGUCAAAGUACAAAACAUGGUCACUAAACAAUCAUGGCUGUUUAUGUGCAGAAAAUGGUUAGCUAUUGGCAAAAAUGACUGCCGAACUGAAAGGACAUUUGCUGUUACAGACUCAACUGUGCCUUUAAACAAAGUGGAUUGCUUCAUGAUAACUGUUAGCAGUGACUUGCUCAGUAAUCAUCUGUGGCUGUCUGUCUUUGCUCAUGUAAUCAGUGGUUCUUUCAAUAGAUUCCAAAGGCUGUCCUGUUGCUUAACAAUACUGUUGAGUUCCCUGAUGUUUAACAUGAUAUUCUUCAGUACUGAGAAGGAUCAACAUAUUCAUUCGGUAGAACUGCGAUAUUGGAGAUCCAUGAUAACUGGAAUGAUUAGCGCUUUGAUUUCUAUCCCUGUGCAACUGAUUGUGGUAACUUUGUUUAAGCAUUCCCCCAAAGAGUCUGCACAAUCUAACACAGCUCAAGUUCAGCCAAAAGAAAACUUCUCUUUAUUUUCUGACAGCCUCAGUAAAGAGGGUGAUACAGGAGAUGCUUCACCUUCAAAGGUGAAAUCCCAGCAACUCCCACCAACAACCAAGUCUGGUAAUAAAUAUGCUAUAGAAAAAGAAACCUUUCACAAGAAUAUACAGAAACUGCAGCUUUGUUGGUGGUGUACAUACAUAGCUUGGGUCUUGGCCUUUUUAAUAUCUUUGUUUUCAUCAGUUUUCAUCAUCUUAUAUGGCCUGUCCUAUAGCUACAAAACAUCCUUUGAGUGGUUAAUAGCAUCCACAAUGUCAUUUUGUCAACAUACGUUUUUGCUUCAGCCCCUAAUGAUACUUAUUUUUUCAGCCUAUAGUACUUUUUCUUCAACUUACUGUGGAAGCAUCCCAUGGUCAAACUUCCAAGAUAAUAUAUUUAAUGACAGAACUAUGACUGUCAAUGAGAUGAAUCAGUUACAUAAUGAACUUGUCAAAGUCAGAGCUUCUAAGCAAUACCAGCCAAUAGAUUAUGAGGUCAUCAUCUUAAAAAAAAAACGCAAAUUUAAAAUUCAGACUUCUCUUUUCAUAAGAGAUGUAGUCUCUCAUUUUGUCUUAACUUUAGUUUCAAAAAUGUCUUCCUUUACAGAAAUUAGUGGUAGCUUUUCUUACAAAAAAAUUAUACACGAAACAUUCAUUUUUUAUUUGUCGAAUGAGGAUAUGCCUGAGGAUAUUUUCACAUGGAUGAGAAAUGCCUUUCUGGCAUUGAUACAUGACUAUCAAGCAAUCUAUUUUUAAGAAAGAAGGUCCAAAAUUUUUGAAUUGCCCAGAAUGAAGCAAAUAAGAACUAAGAAUGAUGAAAAGGAAUGUUUCCAUACAUGUAUCCCUGCAAAUAAAUAUGUGCUUAAUGAAACUCAUUGUCAAGAAUAUGGAAUUGACCAAGAAGAACAAGUGGACAAUUUUGGAUCAUGGACAAUCCCAGCUAACAGUUCAGUUUCUAAUCACAACAUUGCUCUUUUAGGCUUCACAUAUGAACAAAAUUCAGAUCAAUGGGUAUAUGUCGAGAUACAUGGAGUAUUAAACAGAUGUCCAUCCAGAAGACAUAGCUUUUAUUUCUUUCCAGAAGAAUCACAACAGUAUUCAACAAAAAGGCUGGAUGAUGUAGAAAUGAACAGCUGGCUUGACGAGAAGACCUGGGCUGUGAUUUUUGAACUGACCACUUUUAAUAGAGAUGUGGGUCUGUUCUGCAGUAUCUCUGUCAUAUUUGAGUUUCCUCUUUAGGCAUGGUUACCAAAACUGUGUUAGUUCAUUCUCACAAGCUCUUUUUUCCCCGUUCACUGAACCGAGACUCAGAGUUUUGUGUUUGUAAGCAAUAUAUUUAUGCUUAUAUUUUAUAUUGCUGAUGAAUGUCAUGUGUUGUACCAAGAAAAACUAAAAUAUAUAAAAGCUGCCAACAUAAUCAGUUGUAGA